AUGCAACCGCAGCCAUCACAGACUGGCAUGAUGCAGUGGCAGUGGUACUUUGAAACGUCCAAGUCCAAAUUUAUUUCUUCGAUGUCGACUCCGACCGAAAAAGCUGCUGCAAUGCGUGCUGCCAAGCUGAAGAGGCAUGUGGAGGCCGCCACUACUCCUGAAUCUGCUCCGAGUCGACCUUCCCGACAAUCCAAGGCCACAGCACUGAAAAAUCAAGUUUGGAUGUCAGAAAAGAAGACACGAAAGUGGGCCGCAUCGAGCACGGCUGAGCCUGAUCACGCCAAGCAGGCACAAACUUCGGACAAAAAAAAACCUGACCCUGCAAACAGACAGAAGAGCAGUGUUACAUGGCCAGCGGCACAACCUUUUGAGUCUGACUCAGACGACUUCAAGGUUGAUGGAAGUGAUGGUGCCUCAUCUGAUUUUGGAGCCGAGUCCAACAACAAAGAAUCAGAUGAUGAUAGUAUUUUGGGACUCAUUGGCGACAAGCUGAAGGCCACUCUUGACUAUGAGCGUCCUCAAUUUACUCUACAUAACGACAACAGCAGUGUUGCUUCGACAUUCAGCUCAAUGCCAAGUACAUCACCGGUUUCUGAUGACGAGGCCCUCAUUGGUACCAUGGACUCUGCUACCGAGGAUACAGGUAACAGUCUGACUACUAACGGGAAGAAAUCCGGCUCUCACUAUCGUCCUUCCAAGCUGAAAGGGACGAGUACUAAGACCAAUCAGAAAGUGGCACUGUCGAAAGGAACCAAACACAUGAAGCAAAGAGAACAAGAGAAACCAACUUGGUGCACGCCGAACAAGGUUGAUGAUACCACCAGUGAUGGACCACCUGCAGAUGAUGAAGCAGUGUCAGCAAGGUCUAUUCGUUCAUGCAAAGAUGACUGGUUGCCUUCUUGUCGCAUCAUGUAUAGCGCCUCCGGCAAGGUCAAUAUCACCGAGCAACAACCCCACAUCCAGGACAUGUUGCGGGCCUCAAUUACCUGUCUUCACAAGCACAUCCUCUUCGAAAAUGCGUACUUGGACCUCCAGCAAAGGAGGAAAAUCAUGGCCGACAUACUCUUGUCAUGUGCGAAAGAUGGAGAGGACUCGGAAUUUGUAGAUGUAAGAAAACGGCUUAUGAAGGAUGCGAAGUAUGUAUGUGCGUUAUCUUUGGUGCCUGAAGGUCGUAUUGGCACCAUUCGCAGGAACGUCAGGAAGGCUGCACAAGCACAUGUGGCGAGCCACUAUGGUUUGACAAAAGGUGCCGAUGAUAGGGUCAAGGACCUUCUCAAAAACAACGCUUACAUUUAUCCUGUGAACGCAAAGGGGGACCCUAUCCGAACCAAACCAUUUCAAGUGCCAGCGAUUUUGGACACCAUCGAGGAUGCUUUCUUCAGCGACGAGCUCGCAGCAGGAGUAAAGUGGCAUGAUCAUCUAACAUCAACAAUUGAUGAUCAUCCUGAAGAGGUUGAGCUGCCUGUUGCGAUGGUGGCACUUGCUAGCGCUGCAGUGUGCUCCGUCAUUAUGCAGUACUCCUCCGAAAAAUACGACCAAGACUUCAACUCGGACAUGUACGGCAGGAUCUAUCGAACAUUAGUUGGCCUGUUGAAUGGCAUCUUCAAGACCAGCGAGCGCAAAUUUCACGUACUUGGACACUCGUUGUAUAUGUCUGUCUACGGGUCGAAGCGCAAGACUGAGGAACCUAGCGCAGCCGAGAGUCUCAUGUUCCUCGAUAUUGACGGUAUGGCGGAGGAAUGA